AGGAAACAGUCAGAAAUGAGAAAAUCGAGAGAAGAACCAACAAAAAACGCUAAAGUCCCGGGGGAGAGCCGGGGAGGGGCGGGGGUGCGGGGAGUGCGGAAGCCUGGGGGUUCCCAAGGGCAGCCGCAUUCCGGAGCUGCACGUGCAGAUCGGCAUUCACCGGCGCCCCGAUCUCGCUGUGAGUCGCACCGCGGAGACCCUGCGCACGCGCACUUUUCCCAGCCACGACUCACGAAACAAUUCCCUCGUGACGCCACAGAGACGCGACGCGACGCAAGGCGGGCUUCCUCCGAGGCCCCACCUCCUGCCGUCCCCUGCCGCUCCCGGGAACCCUUUCGUUUCGGGUUCUCGUUCCCCGGCCGGACCCUUCCACCGGUACACCGAGCGCCCCUUGAGAGCUGCCGCGGCCCCGGGGGCGUCAUGUCUUUCAAUUUCGGGGCUCCCGCGGGCAGCACGGCCACGACCGCCACCCCCGCCGCCCCUACAGGAUUUGGUGGGCUGGAGGCUGCCAACUCCACCAACACUGGGUUUAAUUUUGGGGGUUUCGGAUUAGCUGCUAAUCCUGCAGUGAACUUUAAUAUUGGGAAUUUCGGUGUUUCCACCACCGCCGCGGCCCCCUUCAGUUUUGGUAACCCUCUGGCCAGCGCAGGUACGUUUGGAGGGUUUGGAACCACCACUACAACGUCAGGUUCUGCAUUCAGCUUUUCUGCUCCCACUAACACAGGCACAAGUGGCCUCUUUGGUGCUACUCAGAACAAAGGUUUUGGAUUUGGAACUGGUUUUGGCACAACUACAGGAAGCAGUACUGGUUUGGGAACUGGGCUAGGAUUUGGUACAUUUAAUACACAGCAGAGUCAAAGUAAUUUAGGUGGUCUCUUCAGUCAGCCCACGCAAGCCCCCGUCCAGUCAAACCAGCUGAUCAAUACAGCAAGUGCUCUUUCUGCCCCAACACUACUGGGAGAUGAAAGAGAUGCUAUUUUGGCAAAAUGGAAUCAACUCCAGGCCUUCUGGGGAACAGGCAAGGGAUACUUCAACAAUAACAUUCCACCUGUGGAAUUUACCCAGGAAAAUCCCUUCUGUAGAUUUAAGGCAGUAGGUUAUAGCUGCAUGCCCAACAAUAAGGAUGAAGAUGGACUGGUAGUUUUAAUUUUCAAUAGAAAGGAAGCAGAUAUCCGAAGCCAGCAACAACAGCUAAUAGAAUCAUUCCAUAAAAUUCUGGGAGGAAACCAGACCCUUACUGUUAAUGUGGAAGGUGUGAAAACAUUGCCAGAUGACCAGACAGAAGUUGUCAUAUAUGUUGUUGAACGUUCUCCAAAUGGCACGUCAAGGCGUGUUCCAGCUACGACACUAUAUGCCCAUUUUGAACAGGCAAAUAUAAAAACAUCAUUGCAGCAACUUGGAGUUACCCUUUCUAUGACUAGAACAGAGCUCUCUCCUGCACAGAUCAAGCAGCUUCUUCAGAAUCCUCCUGCUGGUGUUGAUCCAAUUAUCUGGGAACAGGCCAAAGUGGAUAACCCUGACUCUGAAAAGCUGAUUCCUGUGCCAAUGGUGGGUUUCAAAGAACUUCUCCGAAGAUUGAAGGUCCAAGACCAGAUGACUAAGCAGCAUCAGACCAGAUUAGAUAUUAUAUCUGAAGAUAUCAGUGAGUUACAGAAGAAUCAGACGACCACUCUGGCUAAAAUAGCCCAAUACAAGAGGAAACUCAUGGAGCUUUCCCAUAGGACCUUGCAGGUCCUGAUUAAGCAGGAAAUUCAGAGAAAGAGUGGUUAUGCUAUCCAAGCUGACGAAGAGCAGCUCCGAGUACAGCUGGACACAAUUCAAUGUGAACUAAAUGCACCUACACAGUUCAAGGGUCGACUAAAUGAGUUGAUGUCCCAGAUCAGGAUGCAGAAUCACUUUGGAGCUGUGAAAUCUGAGGAACGAUAUUAUGUAGAUGCUGAUCUUCUCCGGGAAAUCAAACAGCAUUUGAAACAACAACAGGAAGGCCUCAGCCACUUGAUUAGCAUCAUAAAAGAUGAUCUGGAGGAUAUAAAAUUGAUAGAACACGGAUUGAAUGAGAACAUCCAUAUCAGAGGAGGAGUCUUCAGUUGACAAUACACAGCCUUCUGUCUUUUGGGUUUAUGGAGCUGUUUAUGGAUCUGUCGCUGUUUCAGAUCUCCCCUGAGGCUGAAAAUGACUUUAUAAAAAAAGGCCCUACCUUAGCUUGGUUUCUGAGAAAGUUAUUGACAAUAAAUUUUGUAGUAGAAUAGCUCACACAACUCUUCAAACUUGAAAGGUUUGUACUUAAAAGCUGUAUUUAUUUUAAAAUGAGGAAAGGUUCCUAAUUAAUUACCAAUAGGAUAUGUACUAUUGCAGCAUUGUUGAAAAAUCAGUGUUUAAAGAUUAUUCUUCAUUGAGCCUUUUACGGUGGCUUUUCCACAGCCAAUAAAAAUAUGAAAACAAGUGAAUUUUGCAGUAUAAAAUAAAUAACUGAAUGAUAACAAGGCUAUUGCAAAUCUGUAUGUUAUAGAGUAAAUGUAUGUCAGUUUUCUAUUUGCAUAUCCAUCUUUGGGAAGAGUGAAGAAAAAUUCCAAGACUCCUUAGUUAUUGUUGUUUUCUUUUGGGAAUUACCAAGGAUUUUACAAGCUAUUUUUAUAUGAUUUUACUUAUUUGCAAAAUGAGCCCAAGUCUUUAGGAAAUUACAAGAAGUGUUUGUCUGUUUUACAACAUUGUCCUCUAUUUUUUUCUUUUUAUUUCUGUAAAAGAUGGAAACUUCUUAUAAAUAAAUUUUUGUUUUGUGAUAACUUUUA